GCGCAGUUUCACCUUCGGUGCCGAUGUGGCUCUGGGAGAAAUAGUCCAGUCCACCAGGGGAUGCCAACAACGACGAUGAAAUUUGUCACCGUUGCAGCGUUUUAUUUGCUUUUUUCCUACGCUUUUAUUCGAGCAGACGACGACACCAGACUACCGAGCAAAUGUGAAGUGUGUAAACUGCUCACCGUGGAGCUCCAGGAAGCCCUGCGGGGAAGCGGCCGCUCCAAGGAAGUACUGGAGGUGGGAGAAGUGCUGGACACUGGCAAGAGAAGAAAAACCAUCAAGUACAACACCUCGGAGACCCGUCUGAUGGAGGCCAUCGACAACAUAUGUGAGCGCAUCCUCCAUUAUAGCGUUCACGCGGAGCGGCCGGGCAGCCUACGCUACUCAAAGGGUUCCAGCCAGACCAUGAGCACACUGAAGAACCUGGUCCACAAAGGUGUGAAAGUUGAAUUGGGCCUGCCGUAUGAGCUGUGGGACGAGCCCUCUGUGGAGGUGACGGAUAUGAAGAAACAGUGCGAGAACAUGUUGGAGCAGUACGAGGAAGUGGUGGAGGUGUGGUACUUCCACCAUCAAGACCAGAAACUGGAGGACUACCUGUGCGAGAGGCAUGUCCUCGGAGCAGGCGAAAGAGGUCGGACACACCCUGAGUCAAAAGUUCCUUCUCUUCCAUCUGUGCUCACUGUCUGUUUUUUCUGGUGCAGAAUGUCUCAAGGAGGUGUGGAAGGGAGAUCUGGCAACCAGCGGAGGCGUAGAGACAAGACUUGCUGAUGAACUUUGACCUGCAGAACAGUGAAGUGACGUCGAACCCGCAUGUCAGCACGCGUUUUGUGUAGGCUGCGCCCCCUGGUGGAAGGACGACGUGCUUCCUCAAAUAUUUAAUGUCUUUUUACCCCGUUUGCCUCAUGUAUAUAGUAGACACCCACAAAUGCAAAAUGUACAGUUUUUACAUCUGGAAUAAAUUCUUA